ACAGAUAGUAGUAUGCUGUUAAAAACUUUGAGCGAGAGGGGCUGUUUGUCCACACUUUGGUAAACUGUCACGUCGACUGCGUCCGACGCCGGACGAAGGUGAAAGUCCCGCCGGGAGAAGAAGAACAACAACUCUGACAUCCGCGUCCGCCAGAGCGACUUCAAAACUUCGACCGACUUUGCUUGCAUUUUGGGGAUACUCUGCAUGCUGGAGCUUGAAGCUGACUUCCUGUAGGCCACUUGAUAGAGGGGGAAAUCUUUGUGGAAAGCAGAAGAAAGGCCUGUUCACCUACCUUCCUUACUGGAAGCUGCAUGAUAAUAACAAAAUGGCUAGAAGAUCCCUCAUUCCCAUGUUACUUCUUGUAAUAUGUUGCCUGGCAUCUGCAGGGCCCUUGUUUCGCCGCCCGUGUGAGCUGCUGCCAGUGGGGAUGGGACACCCAGUGCAGGCCAUGCUGAAGAGCUUCACCGCCCAGUCAGGCUGUGCAAGCAGGGGCACCGCCAGCCUCCCUCAGGAAGUUCACAUCAUCAACCUGAGAGGACAUGCUCCAGAGGGACCAGAAAACCCGGAGGAAGUUGAGUUGCAUCUGAAGCCCAUCCAGUCUCUGCUGCGCCACCAGAAGCCCCUGGUCUUCGUGCUUAACUCCCCCCAACCACUGAUCUGGAAGAUCAAGACAGAGAACCUGGCCCUGGGCAUCAAACAUACCUUUCAUGUACCACCGGGCUCAGAGGUCCACUUUCAACCGGGGAACUUCUCCCUCUCCUGCCAUAUCCAGAAGCAGACCCUUCCCCAUGGCAAUGAGCACCUCCUUAACUGGGCCCAGAAGAAGUACAGGGCAGUCACAUCUUUCUCUGAGCUCAGGAUGACUCAGGAUAUCUACAUCAAAGUCGGAGAAGAUCCAGUGUUUUCUGACACCUGCGAAAUUGAUACAAAGUUCCUGUCUCUGAACUACCUGGGACACUAUGUGGAGCCACAGACAUCAAAGGGUUGUGUCCUGUCUGGACCCGACAAAGACCAAGAGGUCCACAUCAUUGAGCUCCAAGCUCCCAACUCCAGCAGUGCUUUCCAGGUGGAUGUCAUAGUGGAUAUAAGGCCUCUGGAGGAUGCCCCCCUGCAACGUGACGUUGUCUUGCUGCUCAAGUGCGCUAAGUCUGUCAACUGGGUCAUCAAGGCCCACCGUGUGAUAGGCAAGCUGGCUGUAGUGGCCUCUGAUACCGUGAGUUUUAGCUUACAUACAGAGAGCCUGAUGCAAGUGUCAAAAUCCCCCAAGCAAGACUUGCCAUCAGGAUCACAAGCCUUGAUCAAGUGGGCAGAAGAGAAUAGCUACAGUCCAGUCACGUCUUACACCUGCACCCCUGUGGCUAACCACUUCAAUAUCCAACUCAGAGAGCCAGAUGUUGUGGAUCCUCUGGAGAGCAUGUUGCCUCCAGAGCUCUCCAUCCUGCGUGACUCCAGUCCUCAUCCAGGAGCAGGAACUGCUUCUCGACAUUCAGGUCUGCCCUUCCACUUCCCCCCACCUGUGUCUGACGGCCUGCCCUACCCGCGGCUACCCUCCUCGUUCGAUGACCUUACCUGGGAGAAUGAAGAGCCCGAGGAGCAUCCGGGCAUUCUAAGCGCUGGCCUCAGUGUGCAGUGUGAGGACACGAGGAUGGUGGUCAGCAUUGACAAAGAGAGCCUGCAAGCAAAUGGAUUUAUCCAUGCCAACCUCACACUCCAAGACCCAGAAUGCAAAGCAAAAGUCAAUGCCACCCACUACACACUGGAAACUCCUCUGACUGGCUGUCUGACCACCAUAUAUCCCAUGCAGGGUAGCCCUAUGGCCCUCUACAUCAACUCUGUCUUGAUAAGUCAUGCUGAGACGAAGGAUGGGAGUGGUGGGCCGCUGGAUUAUGAGGAUCUGGAAUCUGGAGACGUACUGUCCCCAGUGGAGUUGGAGAGGAAAUUUACAGAGCCCACAGAACACCAGUCCGUCAUAGUGUUCAAUUGCACAUACAGAAAUAACCAAGAAACCUCAGAAACACUUCCCAGGAUUGUACCGGGACCAGCCAGGCAACCGGUCAACAACAUGACGUUCAGAAUGGAGUUGUACAACAAAUUGUCGUCCAACAACCCCUCACGCCAAGCCUUCUUCACUGUUUCACAAAAUCAGCAAGUCUUUGUGGAGGUCACAUCAACCGCAUCGGAUCCGGAUCUGGGGCUCAUCAUUAUAUCGUGCUCCAUUUCUCCCAACUCCAACCCCAGCGUGCCCUCAGACUACACUCUCAUCAUGACAGUCUGCCCAACAGAUGACUCUGUCAAUAUCUAUCCUCACACACAGAUGGAUAAGAAAAGUUUCAGCUUCACCUUGAACUCAAAGUUUAACGUGUCCCUGCUUUUCCUGCACUGUGAGAUGUCUCUGUGCUCAAAGAGAUCUCAGAGCAACCAAAGACUACCGCCGUGCUUACAACCUAGUGAGACCUGUGAUUCUCCUACUGCGGAAAAUGUCCUCAAGAUGAUGAUGAACAGCAAGACAUUAACCAAGACGAUGGUUGUGGUGGAUGGAUCUACUCAUAUAACAGGUACUCCUAUAAUCGAAGGUUCCCAAAGCACAGUGGAUCCUCAUAAAUAUAACACACUGUAUGUGCUGGACACUCCAACAGUAGUGGGAAUUGCCUUUGCAGCCUUCGUGAUUGGGGCUCUGUUGACCGGAGCCCUGUGGUUUAUCUACUCACACACAGGAGAGACAGCUGGCACACAGCAGGUCCAGAAGUCUCAACCUGCCUCCGAGAACAGCAGCGUGGCCCACAGUAUCGGCAGCACACAAAGCACGCCUUGCUCCAGUAGCAGCACAGCGUAGCCCAGGACGCACCCUAGCGGGACGCACAGCGCUGCCAUGGCACAGGAAGGGCCUGACUCUUCACAGGGACCGGUCUGUUGAUUUCCUUCCAUGAAAGGAAUUAUUUUGGAGAAUCGAUAGGAAGGAAAAAAAAAUAUGAUUUUGAAAAAGAAGAUAACUCACAAUAACACCCUCCAUCCUUGUGUAUGUCCCUUUAUGCAACAAGUGUAUGCAGACAAAUGUACUGUCCUGGUGUUAUUGUUGUGUAACAGUUCUGAGACCCAGCUUGGCACCCUCACCCCAUAUCUAGUACAAAAACCCACAAGAAACAAAUGUGAGUUUAUACCAGGCAAUUCUUUCUACUCCAAAAGCUGCUCUUUUUCUGACCACAACGGACCCUUUAGUUUUGACCUUAAAUGGUUUGAUUUGGGCUGUUUGUAACCAGAAGGUGCACUCCAACAGCGAGGAAUAGCAGUGAUGUCAGUAUUAGUAAGUGAGAUGCUGGUGGUUGGACUGUAACACGCUACUUUAUGACAAACAGCCCCCGUGGUGGCAAAGGAGCAAAGCAACCACUAUUAACAACAGUGCAGUGUGAACAGACGUCAUCAUCUGUACCCAAAGACAGAUAAUGGCUUUUAAAAGAUGCAAGACAGUGUAGGUAUUGAAUGUAUACAGAAGAGUAAAUGCCAAAAAAUGUGAAAGAAAAAAUGUGAAAGUCAUGCUGACAAAAUGCCACAUUUUAUAAUGUACUCUAUUCACUCAUUUAUUCCCUCAUAAUAGAUUUAUACACACAGGUUGGUAAAACAUAUUUUACCAGUGCUUUCUAUAAAGUAGUUAUAGUAAUGGAUUCAGUAGAUGGGGGUCUGAGUCUCAAUUUCAUAGAUGUUGAUGACACAACUUCACAGGGACAUUAUGGGUUCCCUUUUAUUAGUUAUUGUUAAUGGAAUAGUUAAUGGAAUAUUUUGGGAAAUACGAUGUUUUUUAAUCCAAAAGUUAGAUGUCAAGAUCGCAUCUGCACGCUAAAUACGGAGCCCAAUACAGGAGGGGGAUUAGCCUAGUUUAGCAUGAAUAUUGUAAGCAAAGGGAAACGGUGAGCGUAGAGAGAGUUCAACAUUUUUAAGAAAAGGUCACAGAAACAAAACUCCCCCUAAAACCCCAAAUUGUCAUUUUAAAUGACUGUCUUUGCAGGGUGAAAGAAACGUGUCAAUUACUGAGCUUUGGAGAUACUGGUAAGUGUAUUUUAUUUUGCACAGCCAGGCUAGCCAGGUUCCCGAUGCUGGUUUUUUUUUUUUUAUGCUAAGGGAGCCUUAUAAAACCUGAAAAUACACCUGCCAGCACCACGGAGACGCAUUCACUCACACGUGAUAUCUCGUCCGUACACCAACAGAAAAGUGAACAUGUACGUGUGGUAUGUUUAAGCUAGGCUAAUCACCUCCCAGUCACUAAACACACAGACAUGAGUGGUUUCGAUCUCGUUAUCUCGCUCUUGGAAAGAAAGCGAAUAAGCAUAUUUCCCAAAAUUAUUCUUUUAAGAUGUGUAUAUUUUUGUAAAUAUUGUAAAUACUCCAAAAUAACAUGAGGCAGAUUGUGAAAAUAACGUUUUUGUAGCUUUCGAUUAGACAGUGUGAGGUCCUAGUUAUUACCAUAUCAUAUUUUAAAAGUUAUAAAAUAUGCAACACGCUGUUGAAUGACAAAAUCAGUAGGGUGUAGUUUGAGGACAAUCAUGGCUUAGCGUAGCUGACAUAGUUUGGGUCCUACUGUCUGUCCCUUUACACUAGGGCUGCCACUGUAUAGUACAUUCAUUAUUGACAAUCUGUUGAUAACUAAUCAAAUAAUCCUGUCAGUUAUAUAAUGUCAGUUAGUAGUGAAAAACGCUCAUCAGACCAAAAGCCCCAAAUCCUCACAUUUCAGAAGCUAUAAAAAAAUGAAUAUUUGGCAUUUGCUCUUAAUAAAUAACUGAAGUGAUGAUCAAUUUUCUAUCAUUUGACAAAUUGAUUAUUCAGCUGAUUGUAGUCUUAUCAGACAGAGCCCAAGGAAGACCAGUUUUGUUAUUUUAGAAGGCCAGAUGUACAGCGUAUGGAGUUCCUUAUCGCAGUUCUUUUUGUAUAGAUCUUGGCACUUACAGUGUGUUGAAUAAGCUGUAGCUUAAGUUCCUUGUUAGAUACAUUUUCAAGGGUUCCUCGAUCUGCAACACCACGACUACCCCGCCGUCUCAGAAUAAUAUGAAUGUUUGCUGUAGUGCCUUCCCUUACUAACCCGUAUGUGUUUUUUAUCAGACUGUGUGUGGGACUAACUUUGGGAAUUCAAGAGAGGAGGUUUCCCUGUAAUGAUUUAACUGUGUCUCUGCUAAAGAUUAACAAGAAAAUCUGAAUGUAUGUUAUCUGAAAGCUUUUGAUUUUCUUUUUCUUUUCAUAUGUAAACAUGUAUAAAGCUUUCUAAAGAGGGAACAGAGUAUAAAUAUAUAUAUUUGUGUAUAAAAUUAUAUUUUGGAAUAUAUUUACCAAGAGAAAUUUAUUGCCUUCUAUGUGUGUAAGUACUGUGAAUUGUGGAUGUGCCCAGACAUAACACGUUUGUCGAGGAUUUAUUAAGAUUAUGCUAAAAAGCCUCGUGGCAUGUUUUAUGACACUUUGACCACUGAAAAUUUGUAAUACAAAAUUAUUGAGCCCAUUUAAUUUUAUCGAGCUUUUGUUGAGCUCGAUUUUUUUAAAUAAUCACACUUUGAGGUUUUUUUUUUUAAAACUAAUAAAUUUUCAAAAUAUGCAAGACUAAACAAAAAAUAUCUAGUUGAUCUUAAAAGCUUUAGCUUUGAAAUAUUUAUAUGUCAAUAUUUAUAAAAGAAUUGUCAUAAAACAUGUUAUGAGUUUUUAAUGAAUACGACAUAUAAACACUUUUCAAACAAAGCAUUACCAGCAGAUUAUUUCUUCUGUACACGGAAGAAAUACUUCCAAAACUCCUGUGUUUGUUUAAAUAUUAUAGUUUGUCAUCUAAUAUUUGGAUGGAAUUUUUAUUUUCCCACUUGGCAAUAAGAACUCAUUACUGAAGCUGUUUCAUAUUGAUUACUAUUUUGUAUAAAUCGUGUGUUUCCUAAAAUAUUUUCAUAUGAAAUAAAUAAAUCAGAUAUUAAAUUUAUAUAUUUGAAUCAGUAUCUUAAAUAUCCAUUUCAAAUCUUUGAAGAUAAGCUGUGGCAAUGACUAUUAAACUUUAUUUUUUAUCAUAAUAUUAGUAGGGUUCUGUUGUCACCACGUAAGAAAACCCUGAUCCCCAACCUGUUUUAUUCCUCCUAUCAUCAUAAACAAUGACAUUUAACACCUUAAAAUAAUGGGAAAAAAAAUACAUCCAUGCUAAACCAUUGGUGGCAGCAGUUUAACCACAUUUGAAAUAAGAAUACAUAAUACAUGUGCAUACAUUCAGCUAGAAUGGAGGAAAGUCUCUUAUUUUGUUUCUGGAAACUCAACUGUUUUCACUAACACUUGAGAAAUAAUGUUUACGAAACAAUAGUAGAACCACCUGGUUCUGGAGCAACAGUAGAUCUCUGUUUGUUUCGUCGGGCCUCAUGCCAGGAGUGUCUGUUAACUCACUUAUACAGAAAAUAUACAGCAAUGACAUGUUGCGCACUGGUGCUGUUAUCAAGCAGCAUUGUUGUGAACGACAACGCUGUAUCCCACUGCACAGAGAAUUUACUUGGUGAACGAUCCGUGUUUUACAGAGUGGAGAUAAUGAGUGGUCAUUGUGGGAUUAAGGCUUCCCAGCAUUCCUGUAGUUUUAGGGUUUCUCUUAUCGACUGUGGCAACCCCCCCCCCCGUAUGCAGUCGUCCCCUCCAUGCUGCUAAGCGGCUGAGCCUCAAGUUAUGUUGUGGAUCUAAUCCUCUCAUUUGAGAUAAUUUGGAGAUAUUCUUUCACUCAACCUGAUGAUACAGUUCAGAGUUGAUGCUCAAAGAUCAACAUUCGUCCUCCGCCACUGCCCCAGCACAUGCUGGGAAAACCUCCAGCCACUUUCACCCUAUUGGCUGUGAAUAAGAACAAGCAGGUAUAUGCUAUCAAUAUGAAAUAAUGAUGCUGUAUCCCACCGAGGAUUAUUUUUACAAUAGGAGUGCUGAAGGAGUGACGGCGUUCCGCUGUAUGACUCAUGAUUAAUGCUGAUCUGAAAACAACUAUAAUUGGAGCACAAAUCCACAUAACUAGUUAUUGAUUGUAUUUUUUUUUUUUUUUUAACCAUUUGACUACCUCAUGUUUUUCUAUGAAUGUGUAACUUGUGUGUUCGUAUGUGUGUGAGUGUGUUCUGCGCCUCUGUUUGACCUCAAGAAAAGCUUAAAAGCCUAUAGAUUAUGCUGCAGUUUAAUGAUUUUGGGGCCUUUACAUGGUUUUAUUGCAGUUCACAUUUAAUUUUUCACUCCCAAAGCAAACAAUGAAGAGCUAGUUUUUUCCCAUGAUGCAAGUGGAUCUUUUUCGGGCGUUGUAAAUGAGUAAAACUUUGGUUAGCAGUUAUUGUUUCCUUUUGAAUUUUGAAAUUUCUUAUAGGCUGUAAAUAUGCAUGAAGUUUGUAUACCCAUUAUGUU